CCUAUAGAAGUUUUACUUCAAAAAACAACAUUGUAAAAAAGAUAUGUGUUUCCAGAAAACGAUUUAUCUUCAGACUCCUUAAAAUAGCAGUAAACUUUAAAAAGACUGAAAUAAAACAGAUGAAAUAUAAUAAAGAUAGAUAAGAAACCAUUUAUAAUUAUUAAGUGCCACUUUCUCGAUAUUCGAUUCCAAUGGUUAAUAUUGAUUGACGGUAGACAAACCUUUAGCAACCAUGAGAAUUCUUCUUAUUAUAUUCAUGGCUAUUUUCGCUGCAGAAUCGGCCGUAGCAACAUUCGAUUUUCUCAGAGUAGAAUGGAGUGCUUUCAAGCACCAACAUCAAAAAAAUUACGAUACCCAUGCAGAAAAGCAGUCGCGAAUGGAAAUUUUCAUGGAGAACAAACGAAAAAUUGUUGAACACAAUCGUAAAUACGAAGCUGGUCAGUUUUCGUACAAACUCGCCGUCAAUGAGUUCGCUGACAUGGAUCACGAAAAAUUCGUUCUGCUGAUGAAUGGCUUAAAAAACGAAUCGUUCAGAAAUUCCGCGUCAGAAACGUACGUCAAAAGAUUUCAGACACCCGCAAAUAUCGAACUCCCAUCAGAGGUCGAUUGGAGGAAGAGCGGACUUGUGACGCCAGUAAAAAAUCAGAAAAAAUGUGGUUCUUGCUGGGCAUUUUCAGCUACUGGUUCACUGGAAGGUCAAAACUAUCUGCACUCUGGAAAACUCGUCUUCCUCAGUGAACAAAAUCUCGUGGAUUGCUCUGACAAAUACGGCAACGAGGGUUGCUCAGGUGGCCUCAUUACUAAUGCUUUUUCAUACGUCAUAGACAACGACGGAAUUGAUACCGAGGAGUCGUAUCCUUAUGAGGCUGAAGACGGCAAAUGCAGAUACAAUCCUGAAUUUCGAGAUGCCAUGGCACACGGGUUCGUUGAAAUACCGGGAAAAUAUGAAGAGCAACUGAAAGAUGCGGUCGCGACCGUCGGACCGAUUUCAGUUGGAAUUGAUGCCUCGGCAGAGAGUUUCCAAUUUUAUUCCGAAGGUGUGUACAACGAGGCUAAGUGUUCGAGCGACGAUUUGGAUCACGGAGUGUUGGUUGUCGGAUACGGAACCGAAGAGAACGGCGACGAAUAUUGGCUCGUGAAGAACAGCUGGGGGACCUCUUGGGGUCUUGAUGGGUACAUCAAAAUGUCGAGGAACCGAAACAACCAAUGCGGUAUUGCAACGAACCCCAGUUAUCCACUCAUGGCUGUUUCGGACCAGAUUCAAAGCCUCCGAAGCCACGAGGACAAAAGACGAGCUAAUAUGAAGACUUUAUUCGUUGUAUUCAUGGCUAUUUUCGCUGCGGCACAGGCCGCCACGACCGUCGAUCUUCUCAGAGCCGAAUGGAGCGCUUUCAAGCACCACCAUCAAAAAAGUUACGACAACCAUGCAGAAGAGCAAUUGCGAAUGGACAUAUUUAUGGAGAACAAACGAAAAAUUGUUGAACACAACCGUAAAUACGACGCUGGUCAAGUUUCGUACAAACUAGCAAUCAACAAAUUCGCUGAUAUGCAUCAUGAAGAAUUUGCUCGGAAGAUGAAUGGUUACAAGAGACCAUCGGGCGAGCUUUUGGGAUCGGAGAAAAGAACCUUUGGCACAUUCAUGGCACCCGCAAAUGUUGAACUUCCAUCGCAGGUGGAUUGGAGGCCGAGCGGUGCUGUUACGCCUGUCAAAGAUCAGGGACCGUGUGGCUCUUGCUGGGCAUUCUCAGCCACUGGUUCGUUGGAAGGACAAAAUUUCAGAAAACAUGGUAAACUCGUUUCACUGAGCGAACAAAAUCUUGUGGAUUGCACUGGCAUGUACGGUGACAAUGGUUGCGAUGGUGGUUUCAUGGAACAUGCUUUCGAAUACAUCAAAGAUAACCGCGGUAUUGACACCGAAGUGUUCUAUCCUUACGAGGCCGAAAAUGGCAAAUGCAGAUACAAUCCCAAAUACCGUGGUGCUAUGGAUGCCGGUUACGUCGCAAUACCGAAAGGAGAUGAGAACAAAUUGAAAGCAGCUGUCGCAACGAUCGGACCGAUUUCGGUUGCAAUUGAUGCCUCGGUAGAGACUUUUCAAUUUUAUUCCGAAGGUGUGUACAACGAGAAUGAAUGUUCGAGCGACGAUUUGGAUCACGGAGUGUUGGUUGUCGGAUACGGAACCGAAGAGAACGGCGAAGAUUAUUGGCUCGUGAAAAACAGCUGGGGCAACUAUUGGGGUCUUGAUGGAUACAUCAAAAUGUCGAGGAACCGAAAUAACCAAUGCGGUAUUGCAACUGAGGCGAGUUAUCCAAUCGUCUAAGAACUUUUCCGUAUUUACUGUGACACAAAGCAACCGAACACAACAAGAGCUCGUCUUACAAGAAAUUACCGUGUGUUAUAAGCUGUUGAAAAACCAAGUAUUUAAAAAUCCAAAAAUAAACGAAAAAAUUGAAAAUACGA